CGUCCACUUUAAUAAUAUUCAUAUGUUCACAGGCACUGUUUCUAGCACUGUCAGCACUCACAUUUCGAUUAUAUCUAUCAUCAAAAAACAAUGAAAAAUGUUCAAUUUCUUUUUUAAUAUUGACAGCUCCACGUCAAAUGGAUGGCAAUAGUUUUUAUUAUCUAGGACAAACAAUUAAUAGUAUUGCUAAAUUAAAACAACGAUUAUUCAAUCCAUGUAUUGUAAUAUUCAAUAGCAAGGGAGAAGCUUUUAAAGAAGAAGUUGAAUUUAUGGUGAGAGGUUCAGCUCUCGAUGCACAAGUAACAAUCUAUCACAAGAAGAAGGAAUGGGAAAGUAAUAAUUUUGAUAAUUCACAAUUAUCACCUCGGAAGAAACAUCAAUCCAAUGAUUUUUAUGAUAUGAUCAAGACGGUUGAUUCAAACUUUAGAGUGAAGGAUAAUACUCCAAUUGCCAUCAUGGAAGAUGAUUUUAUAAUGUGUGAAGGAGCUUAUUAUCAUUUUGGUAGGAUUUUUGAAAAGAUUCAUGAAUUGGAAUCGAGUGGAAAGGAUUGGGUUGGUUAUCGAUUCUCCUUCGGUCUGAAUGGUGUGCUAAUUCAGAGAAAGGAUCUUGGCAGUAUGUUGAGAUUUUUGGAGAGAGAAUCUGAAACUGAUACACCAAUUGAUUGGCUAUUGGAACAAUACUUCCAUCAAUUGAAUCAUUAUGGAAAAUUACGUUUCCAAGACAGAUUAUUCUAUAUUUAUAGAUAUCAAUUAAUGAAACACAUUGGUGUCACAUCGUCUGUUGGAAAUGAGAGAAAUAUUGAGAGAAAUAAUGUUGAUUUUCCAAAUUGUAUGGAACCUCAAACACAAUCUCAACUUUUAGUACUGUUCCAGGCAGAGGCAUGUCCAAACUCAUACUUUUUCCCGUGUAAUGAUACCCUAACUGGAUCCAAUACACUCACCAAAAGAAUUCCAAAGUCAAGUAUGGCAGGAGGUAUUCCAUAUAUUGACGAUAAGGACUAUGAGUUUGAACAUGAUACUCUUCGAUUGCCUUCCUAUUCAUCCUCAAAUCCUUUACCAUUGGUUGAAUUGAAGAAAGUGAGAAGUGUUCCAUGUGAUGCAUCAGAGAGUUGUUCAACAUGUUGUGAACGAUUGGGCUCAGUGUGUGAACCUCAAUUCUUUUCCUAUAUUAAUAGAUGUGAUGAGUUGAAACGAUAUGCACCAAAUUGUAAGUGCAUGUAUGAGAGAAAUCCUGUUUUGGACUCUAGCUCACCUCUCCUUGAUGGAGACUAUUGCAUUCUUGGUUCAAGACCAAGCAGAUUCAGAUGUAAAAAUCAAAUGGAUGGCAAACGAAGAUUGUGUCCAUGUUUCAGGGAGAAACAAAACUCAUUCGAUAGGUCAAGAAAGACUUCCAAUAAUUAAUAAAUCUUGAAUUUAAAG